UUGUUAAAAAACGAUAACAUUCUCAGGCUCGUGUUGGGCGGUCUCGUCGGCUGCCACGAUGUCGGAUCGCCUUUGCAUUUCUACCAACGCAACCCUGAAGGUACUGCAAGUCAAGCUAGUGGAACGGUCAUGCGGCUUUCAAUUCCAUGGAUUUUUAGGUGUGAUGGAGGACGUGCUAUUGACGCUUGGAGGUACUUUGUAAGCGAUGGUGUUGUCACGGGAGGAGACUUAUGUGUGGUUGCCGUCCGUACGAGAUUCCCCCAGAAAACAAUUACCUUGAAUUCCUACAAAAGUCCAGUUCUCAUGAGUACUCCGCCAUGCCGAAGGAGAUGCGAAAUAGGUUCCGGAAAAUGUUACGAAAAUGACAAGUAUUACGGAAUAGACGCCUUUCACCUGGAAAAUUCGGAGACGAAUAUUCAGAGGGAAAUCAUGAAGAAUGGACCGGUUACCGCCUCAUUCCAGGUUUACGAGGACUUCAACUACUACUUCGUAGGAAUCUACAAGGUGAGAUGUUUGGCUGCGCAUAGCUGCGACUCGCAUUGGCGUCGCUCCCAUCAUCCAGAUUAG